CCCUCAAGAUGCUCCGUCUAAUUCCGCUUCUUUGCCUCAGUCUGAUAUGGUUGGGGAUGCUGGGCUCUGCAGCCCCGCUGUGGAAACGACAGACACCGGCCACAGACGGAGACUUCAACAUAUACGCGUACGGCGAGAACAUCAGUGGACUUCCUCUCUAUAGCGCAGAUGGCCAUGCCCAUAUCGGCGACCCAGCUGCCUCCGACGCAAACCAGAAGGGAAAAGUCCACUUCUCCAAAUCUUCACAAUCUUCACAAAAGUGGGUGGCUCACACCGACAACACCACAUCCGACCAAGGGGAAUCCACCGCCGCCAGCACCAGCACCAGCACUCUGUCGCUGAACGACGACGGAACAGUAGGCUUCACGGACUCCGACGACUCCGACAACUUCUCCGCUUAUGGCAAUUACGUUAUGAUUCAAAACCGGGAAAACGUCUAUUACUAUGCUCUCCCAACCGGCAAGGCCGGGCAGUACUCGCUCAGGUGGAGCGAGAGCGCACAGCCCAGUGACUCGGGCAGGGUCCCUGUCGUGCUGAGAACCACUCCACCGGCGACGGACGUCAUCUUGCGUAAGACGUCAUAG